ACAGCAGGACUCCAUUCCUACUGCCCACCCAAACAAGCCUCUCCCUCCUACCCAUUAAUACCAACCUUCUCUCCCCAACCCCGAACAUCCACUAUGAAGUCUAUCCUCUCCAUCCUCGCUCUCGUAGCAUGCGCCCUCGCCGCACCGGCGGCAGUUGCCCAGGGUAAAUACAGCACGUACGGUGACUACAAGAACGUGCCCGCUCCCAAGCCAGCGAACUACGGCGACUACAAGAACGUUCCCCCGCCUGCUGGUGGAUACGGUACGUACAAGGGGUAUGCGAAGGAGUGAAAGAGGGGUAUGUGGUAUGGGGAUUAAUAGCAUAUGGAAGCUGCACCAACGCAGACUCGCAUUCCAACCAGCCUAGGCUUAUGAAUCAUGACCAUCAUGUAC